AUGGAGGCUGAGAAGCUAGCGGAAUUCCACGCCAACCUCGAGGCAAUACAAGAGGUCUUGCAGGACGACCCUACGAAUGAGGAACUACUGAGCGUGAAACGGGACCUGGAGGAAGUGAUUCGGUAUUAUACGGAGAGUGCUGGUGGCAUAAGCAAGGCUGCCGCCAGCCAAGAUCCCACGAAGGGGGAUUUUGCUAGAGAAAAUGCCCCCAGCGGUGCUAGGGAAGAAACGCUCAAAGGCGAUGAGAUGACGAAUAAAGCCAAGGGACUCAUUGGACGGACCUGUGUUAUUUCUUCUGACUUUAAACACGGUACAAUAAGUAGUCUUGGAGAACUCGACGCAGACUCGGGAAUGCCUAAGACCAUUCUCGUUCGAUUGCUCGACGACGCUGGUACAGUAAAGGAACUAGACGUUGCGAAAGUCCGCCUCAUUAACCAGUGCGACCCGAGCAGUUUCGAAGAAGGAUCUGAAAUGCAGGCUUUGUAUAACGACGGAGUCUGGUACGACUGUACCAUAAAAAAGAUUCGUGUUUCCCGGGUCGUAGUGUACUAUCAAGAUUAUGAUGAAGAAGAUGAACUCCCAUUAGAUAGAGUAUCACUCCGGUCCUAUGUUACCCCCUAUUCUAUGUUACCCCCUAUUCUAUGUUACCUUCACUGGCUCUUUUGUCUCACGUGUUAUGUCACUACACCCGGGUUCCAACUUCGCGUCUGA